UGCUAUCGAUUUCAGCAGGGUGCUGUCGGUGGCCAUUUUACCGACUCUUGCGCUCGUCCUACCCUCAAGUUGAGGCAGAAACCACUGCCUGAAAAGCAAAGCAGUGCACACAAAAUGUCCUACAGUUCUUGAAAGUGGAAAGUUUCCGUUCUUGAGGUCCAUUUAACAAAAAUACGAAAUGUCUCAAUCGAUAUUAAGAUUACUAAAGCGGGAGGCGAGCAAUAUAACCGCCUCCACCGGAAAUAGUACCACAAACAUAACACUUCCGGCAGUUUCAAGUGGAGGCACAGUACCAGAAACAAUAGUCAAACUGGAAGGAUCAACUACGGAAUUUUCAACAACUCCGCCUGAUGUUACCACAACAGGACCAGCACUUAAAGAUCGAGCCAUGGAGAUGGCAGAGGUUGUAGCUGAAAAGACUGGAAUGAAGCCAUGGAUGGUCAUCACCAUCGUGAUUGCUAUUUGUGCUAUAAUCCUUGGAAUCUGCUUCUGCUGCAUAAGAAGAUGUUUCCGGAAAAGGAGAGCAAAGGAUGGGAAGAAAGGUAUGAAAGGAGUGGACUUGAAGUCAGUCCAGUUGCUUGGCUCCUCGUACAAAGAGAAAGUCCAACCGGACAUGGACGAACUGACGGAAAAUGCUGAAGAACCGGACGAGGCGGAAAAGCCAGAGGUGCAAAAACUGGGCAAACUGCAGUAUAAGCUCGAAUAUGACUUCAAUCAAAACAGUCUAUCCGUCACUGUCAUUCAGGCCGAAGAUUUACCAGCUCUUGACAUGGGUGGCACUUCAGAUCCCUACGUCAAGGUGUACUUGCUUCCAGACAAGAAGAAGAAGUUCGAAACCAAAGUCCAUCGUAAAACGUUAAGUCCAGUUUUUAAUGAAACGUUUGUCUUUAAGAACAUUCCGUACGCCGAUGCAAUGAACAAAACCCUCGUGUUUGCGAUUUUCGACUUUGAUCGGUUCUCCAAACAUGACCAGAUCGGUGAGGUGAAAGUCCCCCUUUGUCAAAUCGAUUUAGCCCAAACGAUCGAGGAAUGGCGCGAGCUGCAGAGCGUGGAAGGAGAAGGUGGUCAGUUGGGAGACAUUUGCUUCUCAUUACGAUACGUACCGACAGCUGGAAAACUCACCGUCGUUAUCCUAGAGGCUAAGAACUUGAAGAAAAUGGACGUUGGAGGAUUAUCUGACCCGUACGUGAAGAUCGCUCUAGUACAGAACGGAAAGAGGCUAAAGAAGAAGAAGACCAGCAUCAAGAAGUGCACACUGAACCCGUAUUACAAUGAGUCGUUCACUUUUGAAGUACCGUUCGAACAAAUUCAGAAAGUUAACUUGGUGGUAACUGUGGUGGACUACGACAGGAUUGGUACCUCGGAACCUAUUGGUAAAGUCGUCUUGGGUUACAACGCAAGCGGAACCGAACUGCGCCACUGGUCUGACAUGUUAGCAUCGCCGCGCAGGCCCAUCGCCCAGUGGCACACCCUCAAAGACCCAGAGGACGAGAAGAAGGACUAAGCUGGUCGCUUACAACGCUGAUUUAUUCAAACACUAUAAGAUUUACUCAUAAAGAUAUUGGUUCCCUAGCAUGAGAAAACGUCGCGUUACUUAAUUUACUUAAAAGGAAAACAGUUAUAAGUGUAUAUUUGUAACAUCAUAGAUGUCAGUAACAUAUAUUUUAUAAUAACUACUUGAAGGAAAUAUUCGAUGUAACUCUCGGGACUACCUAAUUUAUUAUUUUUCCCGAAAACAGGUUACUCAGCUUGCCUUCAACGAACUACUGUUUCUGUAAAUAGAUCGCCUUCUUCCAAACCGUUUUUCGUUUCGAAAUUGUAACACCCACAUUGAAACAGACGCGGAAGAGUCGCCAAUGAGUAUUAGACGAUUAGAUCAUACAGACAAUAGAAAUUUGAUAGCUUGUAGAACAGUUGAAAUUACUUUGCAAAUUUUAAUGGACCGGAGCACAAAAAACUUUCGAAUCUCAAUCCCACAAUGGGCGCUAUUGCAAUUUGUGGAUUAUUAUUGCCUAUUUACCACCAAAACAACGAUACGACGACAAAAGGCGCAUUGUUGGGAUUGCGUCAGCAUUGAGACAUGCUGUUUUAAACAACGUAGAGUAGAAUUCCGUUCCAAAAUUUUAUUUGGCGGUACCCUGACCAAAAAUCACACGGUCCAGGGUACCAAACAGAAAAAAUGAUAUUAUUCUUCCUCUUUUCUUGUAUAUACCUAUAAAUAAUGUUACAAUGUUGUGUAAAAUAAAAAAGUAUGUAAACAGUAUAGAGAAGUGUUACGGCCCCUCUUAUGUAUGUACCCUCCCAAACACCAGUAUAUGGGCCCAAGUUAUUUAUUUAGUAAGAAAUCAGCACACACCUAGCUCUAAUACCGAAGAAAUUUGGUAAUCAUCAAUGCGUGAUCUUAUUUUGUUAUCAGGUGGUGACAAUUGUAGUUUGCACGAGCUUCUUGGAGUGGCAAUAUCUUAGGAAUGUAAUUGUACGUGAUCUUAGGUUUAGUUAAACAAAGAAAACAAAAACUGUAAACGGCUUUCCUUAUCUAGUCAUAGCAAAAUAGCACUUUAUUAUCAUUAUUAUUACAUUGUAUAGUUAAUUUUUCAAUGUUAUUAAAGAACAAUAAGUAUGAUAAUAUUAUUAUAUUGUGAAAUUAAAUAAAAUGUGGCAACCUUGCUCUUGUUAAGUAGACAAAAAAUAAAUAAAUCAUAUCACUCGUCCUGUUGACCA